GAAGAUUUUCUGAUGGUGCUUUGGCCUCCAUGCAAAUGAAAAGCUGCACAAAGAAGAGGUCAUGUGUGCACAUAGAGAGAAGGUGGCUGCCUACAAGCCAAGAUGAGAGACCUCAGAAUGAAACUGACCUUGCUGGUACCUUGAUCAUGGACUUCUUAGCCUCUAGAACUCUGAUGGGGACCAUGAGCAACGAGGCUUUACUAGGAAAGAACAAGUGCAUGGCAGAGCUCCCGCUCCCACCUGAGCCACACAGACCACCACCUCCCGUGCGAUGUGGGCAGUGUUUGUGUCAGGUCAAUAAAAUAACACUGGAAAGUCGAAACAAGGAGAAGUUUGGGGGUUUUUUCUUCUCCCAUCCUGCCAAGUUAGUCAGCCUCUGUGUUCAGGGUUGGGGCUCCCUAGACUCAUGCUUCCUAGUAGCUGGAAGGUUCUGCGAUGUCCCAGACCUCAUUCAGGUGUCAGCAUUCUUCUUAAGGAUGCACCAACCCAGGGUUGCAAAUGAUAAUAGCUGUCAUCUGGUUGAUACCGUGUCAGGUGUUCUACAUACAUUAAUUCAUUUGGCCUUCUUCAUGAUCUCUGCCCCGCACAGCCACGCCUUCAUCUUCUUGGCAAUACUGAUACAGCUGGUUGAGUUCCCCUCUGCGGUGCCAGCACCCGCCACACCCACCCCUCACCGCCCCACCCCGCCCUCUCAGAGGUCUGUAACCACCCAUGUGGGGCCCCCUACCCCCCCACCCCUUCCUGGUGACCCCUCUCCAUACACAUCCAGGUCUCAGCUGUGUGGAGUUCCUCCCGGGAGCCCCGAGGUUCUGGUAGCCCAAACUUUCCCUUCUGUGUCCCCAGCUCCAGCGCCGGUGGCUAUAAUCCUACAGGUCCUCAUCACGAGGCCACGGCAGAGCCUCCUUUUAGCAAACCUAUCGGACCCUCUUCCUGACUUGACUGGGUCCCGGUACAACAUCUAA